AUGACGCCAUUAGUGCACAUCCUACAGCUCCUUCUACCACAACCAGUCAGCAAAGAGCGCAGUCCGCCGUGUGUCGACGACUUCCUCUACAUUUGCGAUGACGCGUACAAGAGGGAGGAGCUUAUCGCCAUGGAGGCCAAGAUCCUGCAGGCGCUCUCCUUCGACAUCAACAUCCCCAUCCCGUACCGCUUCCUCAGACGCUAUGCCAAGUGUGUGAGCGCGGGGAUGGACACGCUGACCCUGGCGCGGUUCUUCUGUGAGAUGAGUCUGAUGGAGAUGGAUCUGGUGGAGGAGCGCGGCUCCCUGCUCGCCUCCGCCUGCCUGCUGCUGGCGCUCAUCUCCAAGGACCUGGGAGGAUGGUCUCCCAUCCUGCAGUUCCACUCCGGGUAUCAGACGUCAGACUUGGCGCCCGUCAUCAGGAAACUGUACGAGAUGCUUUUAGCUCCUGCGGACGAUAAACUGAGAGCCAUCCGGAACAAAUACUCACACAAGGUGUUUUUCGAAGUUGCAUCCUUACCUUUGGUCGACACCGACAUCCUGGAGAAUGCUUUAUCUCAGUGAGACGUCGCCUACUACCAAAAUAAAAUCUUGCCAGUGAGUGAAAGUAUUUUAAAAAAAAAAAAAA